AUGAUAGUUAGAGGAUUCAAAGCAGUACUCAACAUUACAUACUUAUGUGUAGUACUUUAUAUCUACUUUGUUAUUAAACUAAUACAUGUAUUGUUUGUUGGUGGUUCCAAACAAGAUGUCAAGAGUAAAUCAAGCAGCAGUAGGAGUUCACAACAACAACAACAACAACAACAACAACAAGUAUACUCUGGUGAUGACUCAUCCAAUUUGGAACAUAAACAUGACUAUAAAUCAGAUCAUACAGUAUUAUUGUCAUCAGUGAUUCGUACCAAUCCACCAAAGAAACAACAUCAACAUCAAUUGUACGACAUCUACUGUUACAACAGUCUACAUCCAGAUAUCAAGUCAUCGGGCUUUGCCAAGAGUUUGAACAAUUGUCUUGGUAAGAAGGUGAUAAGUGGCGAGCCGACACACGACUCUGAAGGACUGCUCCUAUUCAUUGUGGAUGAAGCGAUGAGCUCCACCGACCAGAAGGAUUAUCUGGAGCAGAUGAAAUCAAUGUCCAACCAGUUUCCCCAUCUCCAAAUACUGUUCACAGUUCUCUGCCACAAGGCAUCCAAGAAGAUGGACAAUCACAAUGGCACUGGCGACAAGUACCCAACCCUUCGCUUCGUCGUUGGCAAGAAGGACAAGAUCAAUGUUCCACAGAAUGACACCUCCAUGAACUAUCUACGUGAUCAAGUACAACGCUUGGAUGGAGUAGCCCAGUCUCAGAGUUAG